UCCACCGUGCGCCUUCGGACCGGGAAUGGCCGUAUCUCUGCGCUCCGACAGCGGUCGACACAUGAAGCGGGCGACCAGCUCCAUCACUUCACUGCUCGCCUCACAGGCUCCUGGAUUAGACACGGAUUACAUGCCAUAGAUCGGGAUCACACAGUGUGACUGCAGGGCUCACAGAGAACCACACUCCAUGCUGUUGGAGUUGCUACUACCAGCUUUAAUGAGGUGCCUUUGGUGGCCUCCCACUGUGAACGUGGCUCACCCACUGUGAAACCCCGUCUAACACCCACUGGGAGGUCUGAAGGAGUCUUUGAAGGCCUCAGGUGUGAAGUUGGUCAGCGGUGGACUGAGAGAUGAUGACAUGUGCCAUGUAUCUGGCAGCCCUGCUGCUCCCCAGCAUCCAAGCCGUGUGUCCGGAUAAAGAGCCCGGACUGCAGCCAUGGAUGCCAGGACACAGUGAACACCACCGUGUGACAAUCGGUUAUGGCAGGAAGGUCCUCCUCACAACUUCAGCUACGGUCCACUCCAUUGAGAUUCUUAGUGGAGGAAAGCUGGUGAUUGCUGACUCCAACCGGGCCAUACUGCUUCGAACUAAACACAUUCUGAUUGGGAACAAAGGGGAGCUGCACAUUGGAAGCCCAGACUGCCCUUAUAAAGGCAACCUCACCAUCUCCCUGUUUGGAAGAUUGGAUGACAGUGAUCAGGAACACGGCUACUUUGGGAGGAAGUACAUUGGCGUGGGUACAGGAGGGACACUAGAGAUCCACGGAGAGAAAAAGCUGUCAUGGACAUUCCUCAACAAGACCCUCCACCCCGGAGAGAGCAACCAAAACAACUACAUGUUCCAGAGAAGCUGGGGGAGCCGAGGCAUUAUUAUCCACGUCAUUGACCCUAAGACUGGAGAGGUGCUGCACAAUGACAGGUUUGACACGUAUCGUAGUAAGGAUGAGAGUCGUCGCCUUGCAAAGUAUGUGGAUGGUGUUGAAGCUGGGCUCAUACUGGCCAUGGUGGUCAAUGAUGAGGGCUCCAACAACUUGGAGGACUUGGCCAAGAAGAGUCUCUCCAGGCUGGGCAGCCAAUACAUAAACAAUCUAGGAUUUCGACAUCCCUGGACCUUUAUAGUGACAAAAGGAGACACUUUUUCUGUUAAGGAGGGUCACGCUGUCUAUCAAGGGACCAAGGCCUCCUCAGAGGCCCGGAGCUCUCAUGUUUUUAAGUCAAGUUUUGGGGAGCAUUUCACCAUCACCACCAGCAGCCAGUGGGUGCAAGAGGCAGAAUGGACGGAAUGGUUUGAAAGAGAUGAUGAAAGGGGAUCAGGAGACUGGGAGAAAGUGUCUGACCUGCACAAGGCCUACCCAGACAGACUUUGCAGCAGUCCACUUGAUAUCCAGGCUGCAACCCAUGAUGGCAUACUAGCCAACCAAACUGGAGACGUGAUCCACAAGUAUGACAAGGACUACGGCUUUGUCUGCCUCAACAAGGACCAGGCUCAUGGCCUCUGUCACAACUACAGGGUUCGCUUCCUCUGUGGAAAACUAGUUCGUCCGCAGGCCUCCAUUUCCAUCGACAUGUUGUCCAACAGCAGCGUCCUGGAGCUGGCCGACAAACCAGUGGGCUGGAGGUCUGGGGAUCGGGUGGUGGUGGCCAGUACUGACUAUUCCAUGCACCAGGCUGAAGAGUUCACCCUGAUGCCCUGCCCUACCUGCACACCCAACCAGAUUAAAGUCCAAGGUAGGGCCCAGUUUAUCCACAUGGGUGAGGACGUGGAUGGGGUGGACAUGAGGGCAGAGGUGGGCCUGCUGAGCCGGAACAUUCUUCUCCGUGGUGAGAUGGAGCCCAGCUGCUAUGGAAACGAGGCCUGCCAAUUCUUCAACUUUGACACUUUCGGGGGGCAUUUGAAGGUGGAGCGGGGCUUCAAGGCAGUUCAUAUAUCUGGGGUGGAGCUGCAGCACAUGGGCCAGCAGACGAUGGGACACUACCCGGUGCAUUUCCAUAUGAAUGGAGAUGUGGACCAGAGGGGAGGCUACGACCCCCCUACUUCUGUCAGCGAUCUAUCCAUCCACCACUCCUUCUCACGCUGUGUAACCAUCCACAGCUCCAGUGGACUGCUGGUAAAGGAUGUGGUGGGCUAUGACACGCUGGGCCACUGUUUCUUCACAGAGGAUGGUCCAGAAGAGAGAAACACAUUUGACCACUGUUUGGGUCUGAUGGUUCGAGCCGGGACCCUGUUGCCUUCAGACAGAGACAGCAAAAUGUGCCGUGAUAUCACUGAAGGAGCCUUCCCAGGAUAUGUGGCCAAUCCACGGCAAGAUUGCAGUGCGACUUCAACUUUCUGGAUCGCCAACCCCAAUAACAACCUCAUCAACUGUGCUGCUGCAGGCUCAGAGGAAACAGGUUUCUGGUUUAUCUUCCACCAUGUGCCCACUGGCCCCUCGGAGGGGCUGUACUCCCCAGGAUACACAGAACACACACCGAUGGGCCAGUUUACCAACAACAGAGCCCAUUCCAACUAUAGGGCUGGAAUGAUACUUGAUAAUGGCGUAAAGACGACCCAGGCAAACGACAGGGACAAGAGACCCUUCCUGUCUCUGAUUGGAGCCAGAUAUGGCCCCCACCAGGAUGCCGAUCCCUUCAAACCCAGAGUCCCUGCUCUAAUCCAUCAUUUUGUAGCCUAUAAGAACCAGGACCAUGGUGCCUGGCUGAGAGGAGGGGACGUCUGGCUGGAUGACUGCCAAUUUGCUGAUAAUGGCAUUGGCCUAACUCUGGCGAGCGGGGGGACGUUUCCAGAUGAUGAUGGGUCUCGUCAGCAGGUGAAAAACUCACUGUUUGUGGGUGAAAGUGACAAUCGCGGGAUGCCACUGAACGACAACAGGGUCUGGGGCCCCGGGGGUUCAGACCUGACUGGCAGAACCCUACCACGUGGCAUUGAUUUUCCUAUCCGGGGCAUGCAGAUCUAUGAUGGGCCCAUCAACAUGCAGAAUUGUACCUUUCGGAAAUUCACAGCACUGGAUGGACGACACACCAGUGCCUUUGGUUUCAGGCUCAACAACUCGUGGCAGAGCUGCCCCAACAACAACGUCACUGACAUCAUCUUUGACCACGUACCUCUCACGUCUCGGGUGUUUUUUGGGGAGCCGGGUCCCUGGUUCAAUAAGAUGGAGAUGGAUGGGGACAAGACGACCAUCUUCCAUGAUAUGGAUGGUUCAGUCAGCGAGUAUCCUGGAGCCUUCCUGGUUAAAGAGGAUAACUGGCUGCUCCGUCACCCCGACUGCAUUGAUGUGCCCGACUGGAAGGCGGCUAUCUGCAGCGGCCACUACGCACAGAUCUACGUCCAGACACGUAACCCUGCCAACCUUAACAUGCACAUAGUGAAGGAUGAGUACCCUGACCGGCCCCUGACACUGGAGGGAGCACUGGGGAAGAAGAAACAUUACCAGCAGUUCCAGCCAGUGAUCACACUGGCCAAAGGCUACACCAUCCACUGGGACAUGCCGGCACCUGCUGAAGUCACCAUCUGGCUCAUCAACUUCAACAAAAAUGACUGGAUCAACGUUGGCAUCUGCUACCCACAAGGCACCACCUUCACUGUCCUCUCUGAUAUCCACAACCGUCUGACCAAGCAGACCCGCAAGACUGGUGUCUUUAUGAGGACAACACAGAAGGAGAAGAUGAAUCACUCCAACCUGGCCAGGGGAUACUACUACUGGGAGGAAGACACUGGUCUGCUCUUCUUGAAGGUAAAGGCCCAUAACGACAAGGAACAGUUUGCCUUCUGCUCUGUCAAGGGUUGUGAGCGGGUGAAGAUAACGGCCGUCAUCCCUAAAGGCAGUCUACCCAGCAACUGCAUGGCCCAGGCCUACCCCAGACAUGCUGAGCAUCCUAUUGUGGAUGUACCUAUGCCCAAAAAGAUACCUAAUGCCAGGCUGCAUUCAUCAGAACACUUUCUGGAGGUCAAACUGGAGUCCUACAACACUCGAUUCUUCCACAUCAAGGAGGACUUUGCCUUUACUGAGGUAAACGGCAGGAAGUUGUACCAACCUGAGGACGGGCUGCAGCUGACAGUGAUUGACGGCCAUGAUGGAAAGGUGGUGGAGAGCAAAAGCUUCAGGAACUCCAUCUUACAGGGAAUCCCUGCACAGCUAGACAACUAUGUCAGUGGACUGAGAGACGGUUCCAUUGUCCUCAUUACAUCUAAGAGCCGCCUGCUUACCAGAGGACCCUGGACUAAAGUCCUGGAAAAACUCGGAGCAGACAAAAGCAUCAAAUUGAAAGAUAAGCUGGCAUUUGUGGGCUUCAAGGGCUCCUUCCACCCUGACUGGAUCCAUCUGGAGGUGGAUGCCGAUCGGGCCAAGAUCCAUCAGGUCCUGCCUGUCCCUGUGGUCCACAAGAUGAAGCUAUGAGAGGCAGACAGAAUGGGACAACAGCCAAAGACUAUGUACCCCACAGACACUGGCACACAUUAACAACCUCCAACCCCCCAAAAAUUGCAUAAACACACACUUACACAUGCACAUUGACACUGCCAGUACUGCAGAGUUCGUUGUUUCGAGCCAUUGUCAAAGACCAGUGGUGAUUUGUCUACGUUUAAUGGUAAGAAAGAAUUAUGUAAUUCUGUAUAUUUGGGAAAAAAAAAAAAAAGGUGAAGACCAUCUUCCAGGACCAGCACUGCCCACUGAACUGAAUCUGUGCAUGUAAGGGCUUUAAAAGAUAACGACACACCGCUCGCAGCUUCUGUUUCUGGCUGUCAUUGGAUCAUUAACAUAAUUGUUCUUUGUUGAUAGUGUUAGCUUCUCAGCUAAAAUAAGAAUUGGAUUUGGCUCACUAACCAAACAUUUAUGCAUCAGUUUUGUGUGCCAGCUAACAUGGACAGUAGCUCAGUUUCAUGUUACCUUAAGCCGUGUCUCCACUAGGGGGAGUGUCCACCGGGAAAGUCUCAGGCCACACCCUCUCAAAAGUCUGCUCACUCUGUGUGUCUCCGCUACAAGUUAGCCCCCAGAGGGAUUUAGAGACUUAGAGGUGACGUAUGGUUUUCCAUCGCCGGGACGGAUUAAACACGGGAGACGCAGCUGAUCAUAAACAAACCAGCAUGGCUAAUUAUGCACAGUGUCUCCGCUGAUCGUAAACAUAGUGAUUGUGAAUUAACGGCAUCGCUAACUGUGCACAGAGUGGUAGAUCCUAAGUAGUCCUUAUAAGUAGUCCUAAGUACUACUAUGUCCUAUGAAAAGUCCCUAAAUUUAGCAACAAAGUGGCUAAGUUGGGAACACUGCUUCGCUGGCUUUUAAAAAUGGCGUGUUUUGUUGUCGUGUAGAGUACUACAUCACAUCCCACUUAGUGAUCUUUUCAAUCAGUAACCAGGCUGUUUUCAGGGGAGAAAAAAUACCCUGCUCUUCCACAGGGACGAAAAAAGUCCUUAAAAAACGGCUAAUAUUCAAAUUAGGGGCAUUUCGACGAGUGAGACCCGCCUCAUUCUGGGUAUUGCCCGGUAGUGGAAACAGCCCUAAUAAGAUCGGUCUGUUGGUUAUUCAGUAUGUUUGUUAGUGCUCUAAUGAAGCCAAAAACAUGAACUGACUUCACUCAUACCACACCAAGAAAGGCUUUGGUAUAGAAACUGGGACUUAAGACAAUUCAACUUUUAAUAUUUUUAAAUAGUUUGUCCUCCAACAGACUUCUCUAUCUGUUUACCCCAGCACAUCUAAAGCAAACCGUAGGUAUCCUCUGGUGGGACUGUUAGAAAGAGCUGUUUGAUGACAUUGUUAGGCGAUUUGUGCUUGGAACUAUCAUACGAUGUCUUGGUAGAACAUGUCUAAAGGCAAAAUGAGGAUCACUUGAGGAGGGUAUGAUGUAAUAAUUGUUUAAAUGGGAGUAAUGCUGCAAGCUUUUGGUCAGUCUCAAACUUGUUUGUACACUCAAACAUUACUGUGUGAAGAAUGAAUAAGAGUCUCACACACAGACCUGGAAUCCCACUGGUCCCAGUGUCCAGGUCAGCUUCACUCCCAUUUGAAAUUUGAGGCCCUCUUGGACACAGUGAUGCAAACUGGGCAUCACUUUUUCAGCUGUGACCAUCACAAGAGAUUUGCCAGAAGUAGACAUUCAUCAAGUGUAGAUGCAAGUCUAGGGAAACUUGAAAACAAUCUAGACCAGUGGUUCUCAAGCUUUUCUCAGUGAUGUACCCCCUGUGAAAUAUUUUUUCAGCCAAGUUCCCGCUAACCAGGGCAAAGCAUUUUUGGUUGGAAAAAAACCCUUAAAAACAGAGCGCUGUGCCAUCAGUGUCUGAUUUAUUCAACUUUGGAACUGAUAAACACAUACAAAAUUCAAACAUUUGAAAAAAAAAAAUUUUCAAACAUUUAAAAUGUUAAUAAUCCAUGACUAAUUUAUUGCAAAUAUUUCUCAUCACUAAAAUGUAGUGAUUUAAACUAAUGUAGUAAAAACAGUGAGCAUAUAAGCAUUUAAAACUAUACUAUACUACUGCUACGCUUCAACCACGACUCCAUCUUUGAGUUUUACAGUGAUUGACAGGUGAUGCCAGGCGACAGGUUGGGUCCAACCAUCCUGGUACACUGCAAAAAAGCCAACUUGUAUUUUUUUGGCCUAAAACAGUGAUUUAAAUUGGUAAAACUUUUAAAUAUAAAUGAUUGACAUUUAGGGCAGUAAUGUAAGUUAGCACAACGUAGCAAGACAGUUGUAUGCUCAAAAAAAAAGUUGGGGAGUUGUUGUUACUUAUAUCUUUAAGUUGGGGUUCAAAACAAGGGGAAAUAGUUCUGCUAACUCUUAUUUCUUUGUUGUGAAAUGUGGGAAAGCCAACUUUCCGAGUUACCACUGCACUUGAAGUCUCAUUGUAGCUGUGCUGCCUCCAGCUGGAGUCAACACAUGUAAACAACCCUUAUCAUGUUUCAAAUUACAGUUGAGUUGACAAAAAUCUGAAUUCAGAGUUGAGCAAACUCAAAAGCAAAAC